AUGGAACAUCAUGUCACACAGCGUCUUUCCAUCAGCGUCCAGAACGAUCUUCCUAAGGGCAACAUUGUCAUCAAGACCACCGUCAUAGCCUGUGGUCAACCGUACGAAAAAAGCGAUAUCGCUAAGCUUUUGUCUCCCGAAGACGUGAAUCAAAUAAUGAUUCCACAUGAUGAGAACAGAACAAUAUCAUUCUGUGGCAGCGCAACUUACAGAGUGGGGGUCGAAGGCACUUUGGAUUUAUACCACGAUAUCGACGGUCAAAUAGUCUCGCUGUAUUGGAAUGGUCCAUGGACUCGGACUCAUAAUCAGUUUGAUAUGGCGAACCUCAACUGUGAAGAGUACACUGUGAAUAUGUCCCCUAUUCAGGAGAGCGGUAUUUUAGGUGAUGUUUCAGUUAUUGUGGCACAGACAAGUCGAUGA